GGAAGGAGCAUGUGAAGCAAAGUGAGGAAAAUCCCUCUGUAGUAGUCUUAGAACUGAUGUCACAUGCGAGGCAAGGACAUGACAAGGAGGAGUCAGAUCCCAGUAAGAAUGGGCAGUGCAGCGUGCAGGCAGCAGCAUAAGUGCUAGAUCAGACAGGGGAUUGGAACAGGGAUAAGACGGUGCUGCACAGAACCACUGAUCACUGUUACAAGGCUGGCUGUGUUUCCACCUACUGAAGAAUGAGAUAUCCCUGCUUCACAUGACAGGCUGGUGCUGGAGUUAAUGCAGAAUAGACAUCAGCGAUCUUGUGAUUGGAAUGAGAAACAUAAUGUAUUUUGGUGGUACAUGCCAGAGCCCCGCGCUUUCUGCGCUGGUCCGUCCCCCAUUCCCAACCUUGCAGCUACCACUGGAUAUAAAACAAUUACUUCCAUUUUCUUUGGACAGUGCAGCAGCAAUUAAUCUGUUCCCAAACCUUACUGCGAUGGACCCAGUUCAAAAAGCAGUUAUAAAUCACACAUUUGGGGUUCCCUUACCACAGAGAAGGAAGCAAAUCGCCUCCUGCAAUUUUUGUCAGCUGAAAUUUAAUUCUGAAAUUCAUCCAAUUGGACAGGUGUCCUUUCCUGGAAUACAUGGCAUCAAAUUGCAUUACCCAUCCAAGCAGAGCCAGGCUGCGGCCCACUACAAAGGCACUAAACAUGCCAAGAAGCUCAAAGCACUGGAAGCCAUGAAAAUUAAGCAGAAAUCUUUUGCUACCAAGGACAACGCAAAGACUAUCUUCACUUCCAUCCCUACUAAUACCAUCAAUGGAAGCUCUGAGAAAACAGAAUUUGCCCCAGGAAUUCCAGCAAUAUCAACCAGUACAACAUUAGAAAUACGGAAAAUCAGUGUUUUGACAACAGAGACCACGUCAAAGGUUGACAAGAAAAUCACUCUGCUAACUAGCAGCAGCAUAUGCCCUUCUGGGGAGUCUGAGGAGGAAAAAGCUAAAAGACUUCUUUACUGUUCACUAUGCAAAGUCGCUGUCAACUCUGCCUCACAGCUGGAGGCUCACAACAGUGGUACAAAGCACAAAACAAUGGUGGAAGCCAGGAAUGGAAGUGGAACUAUUAAAGCAUUUCCCCGAGCAGUUGUAAAAGGUAGAGGACCCAUUAACAAGAUAAAUACUGGUCUGCAGAACAAAACAUUUCACUGUGAAAUCUGUGAUGUUCACGUUAACUCUGAGACACAACUUAAACAGCACAUAAGUAGUCGCAGGCACAAAGACAGAGCUGCUGGGAAGCCACCCAAACCAAAAUAUAGUCCUUACAAUAAAGUCCAAAGGCCUACCACUCCUAUUGGGAUACAAGUAGCCUUUUCCAAACAACGUCUAAAGCCAUUAUCUGCAAGGAUAUUACCAAACCCACUGGCAGCAGCUGCAGCUGCUGCCGCAGUUGCUGUCCACUCACCUUUCAAUCUCCGAACGCCUGCAACGACACUAUUUCGUACUUCAGCACUUCCUUCAGCACUUCUGCGUCCAGCUCCUGGGCCAAUACGGACCAUCCACACACCUGUUUUGUUCUCUCCUUAUUGAACUUCAAGCAGGGAUAAUUGUACUGCAAUAAUUUUUUUUUUCCAAAAUAAAAUACAAAAAAACUAUGCAGUGUUUAUUUAUAGUUUGAAAUAAAAGUAAGCCACACAUUUUUAAUCGUUGAAAAUGCUGGAGUUGAGCAAGAAAGGUUGUAUUUUCUUAAUGGAAGCAUUCCUUAAUGUAAAGUUCUGUUGUAUAAGUUGUAUAAAUAAUUGCUGUGACCUAUAGACAACACUCGUCCUGAUCCAUGUCUUUCUUGUUUUAUUAGACAACUCUAGGAAUGAGAUCCUUUCUCUGUAUACUCAUUACUGAGAAUGUCCUGACAACUAGACAGAAAAAAGGGAAACACUUGCUGCUAUAUCAUAAUACAAACAUGAUCACCGAGCCGCGGCGGGGAGCACUGCUUAAUAGUUUAGUAAAGAGGACACGGGCAUUCACAAUGCCAAGGGGGGUGUAGUACGGGUGACCGGCGGUCUCCAGUGUGGUGAAAGACAGGAGAAAUAUUUACAUUUAAUUAGAGUAUUUUAAGCAUUGGCCUACAAGUUUUGGGCAAAACCCAAGCAUUCCAUUUAACAGAUCCUGUACCUAUAUCCAGUAUGUAAAGGGCAUUAUAAAGUUCCAAAGUGCAUAAUGGAGCUCAUUUAGAAGUGGAUGGAUUUGCUAUGUUAACAUAGACAGGAAAAGACAUGCAUAAGAAAAUGGAUAUUUACAUGCAUAGGUUUAGUUGUACACACAGCACCGUAACAGGACAGCAGUGCACCCUCUGCCAGCCCUGCUCCCUAAACCUGUGACAUCAUGAUAUCACAACUAGGCUCCGGUAAAGCUGUGCCCAAAGCAUCCUAAGGACGUUCGGAGCAGCUCCACAGGCUGCAGGGUGCCUGCCCACCGCAUCCCUUGGAUGCUCCAGGCAGCUGAGCACUAGCAAUACUGGCUGCAGGGUGCAGUUCCAAGCACCCUGCAAGUAACAUGCACCCACUGCACCACUCACACACAUAGUGGUAUUCAGAUUAUUAUUAUUAAAUGAGAAUGUCACACUUUCAAUAUUAAAUGUAAUUCAAUACAAACACAAAUUAAAUACCAAACUUCUGUUGGUUCCUUCUUUAAAGACCAAAGGCCUAAUUCAGAUGUGGUUGUAGGACAGCACAUGCUGCAAAGUGCUGAUGUUUGGUAGUUUGCGUAUGCGCCAGACCCGUACUGUGCAUGUGCAGCAGAGGUCUGCAACAUUGGAUGCAGAUCGGCAGCAGACUGUCAGUGAUUGAGAGUCUGCUGCCAUAUGGGGGCAGCGAGAGGCACUGGCGGCCUUUGUUUUCAAAACAAAGGCAUGUUGCCACCGCUGUGGGGGAGUGACUAGGCCAGGAUUACCGAUGGAAGAUUUCCUGACUUCUUUGUUGGAUCUGCAGAAUGAGAAUGGCUUGUGCCACCCCUGGGUCACACAGUUGGCUGAUGAUGUUGCAGAUAAUCCGAUUCUGUGUCCUAGGAUGCAUCUCAGAUCUCUAAUGCAAGCAGGAGGCAUGACACCACCUGCUGCAUUACCAUAUUAGUGCUAUCACUGUUGCUUCCAUGUAAACAGCAGAGAUAGCAGUUCCAAUCACCUCAGAUCCCAAAUUUUAAUCUGCUUUCCUAUAGUGAUACACAUGAAAAUAUACAUUAAGCAAUGCAAAUAGAUGGCUGUGAUUUGAUAUUAUAUACCAACGAUGCUAAGCACUGUCAGCUAGUGGGGUCAAUACGCAAUCAGUGGCUAGAUAGUUCUGCUGAUCAUCAUCAUUAUAUAUCAUUACACUAGCCCAUUAGCACCCACAAGACAGACAUUGCCUAAUGCAUCUUACCUGCAGAUGCAUUACACCGGGUCAAAGUAACAUUUAUACGGCUUCACUGUAUUUGACCUAUGCUGACCCAUCCCUGUUCCGCCUCUCCAGGUCAUCCCAACUAUAUGCAAAUACAAAAUCCUUAUACACAUUUUUGGGGUGCUUGCAAAAUAUCAAAAUUUGUAUCUCACACCAAAAGAGUACAGUAUGUAUUUCCACCUCUAAAAGAGCUCCACAAUUAUUCAGUCUGUAGUCUAAUCCUAUGGUUGCCAUAUAUAUAUGACUAAUUCUUAAGUUGGGAAUUCUCUGUAUAAGUAGAAACACUGUGAAUCCUUACCAAUCUUCAUGCCAAGUGCACCGUCCUGGGCACCUGAACUCAUUUGACACUGUGGAUGUCUUGUAAAGCAGUAAUGUUAUGUUGCUGUCAUAUUCCAUUUAGAAAAAGUUGCAGAAGCCAGAAGGAAUAUACAGCUUGCAAUUACUAGCAGAUCUCAGAAUUAGAUUUAUAUUAAUGUGGAAAUCAUUGUGAGAAAAAUAAAAUGUUUUCUGUUGAAUACAUACAUGAAAAAAUAAAACUUUAAAAAGCAAAGAAAUGAUGUACAUUCUCAUCCAAAAUAUGUUUACUGCUGUAUUAUGGAUUGUUUCUUUAAUAGUGAAUUUAAUACAGUAUGUAAUGUAUUAUAUGUGCCACGUAUGUGUGGGCUACAGUCUUAAACCCCUUCUAUGUAUGUGAUAAUGCUUUCUGUAUCAAUGCACAGAUUUACUCCUACUGCUCAGUUUUUCUUGGUAAAGGCUUCUAACGAGUAUACUAUGGGCUUUAUAGCUAAAACGUUGUUACACUCUGAAAUGAGAGCUAAACUGGACAUUGGGCCUAAUUCACAGCAGCAUGCAAGUCACAAAGUCACUACAUCUUUGUCUGAAGACACAUCGGAGCAGCUAUGUGAACAUUGGUCAUCUGGGAAACCCUCUGGAUACACCGUAACUCAGGUGUCCUAAGGUGAGCUCAGGGAGGACAGAAUCCUCUCGUGGAGCAGAAAUGCCCGAAAAUGGAGCCAACAUCCAACCCCUCACCCCCCGUGUUUUCUGUAACACUUCCUGUCUCCGCCUCAAAAUGUCUGAAGCCUGUCAAUCAGGCUGCAGCGUCCUGGGCACUGCGAGCGAUCUUGCAGAAUGAGAUCUGCACAUCCAUCAGAGAUAUACGUAAACCAUCGGGUAUGCGAAUAUCUCUGAAUUAGGCCCAUUGUCACAGUAUGUUUAACAGGGAAUUGAUGCAAUGCCAUUGUCAUUAAUGUUAUGUUUAAAUGAAAAUACAUUCCAUGUUUUAAAGAUAAAAUACUGAUCUCAGAAUAUAUAUAUAUAUAUAUAUAUAUAUAUAUAUAUACUUUUUUUUUUGCUUUUUUAAAAUUUAAGUCCCUGGGUUUUCCA